AUGCCACAAGUAAAUGUUUCAGCUAAGUUAGAAGAAUUCCAAUGGAUCCAGGGCGAUUUGGAGCCAAGUCGCCAAAGUUUUCCAGAUGGUAAUCAUUUGCAGUAUCAAAACUUGUCUCCGGUAGAGUUAUUUGAGAUGUUCAUUGAUGACGAAGUUCUGUCUAUGUUGAUUGAGGAAACCUUUAGAUAUGCCUUGUUCAAAAACUGCCCUGAUCCACGUGUGACUACUGAAGAGAUGAAAUGCUACAUUGGAAUACUCAUUCUUACCGGGUAUAACGAUUUACCAGGAAAGAGGUUUAAUUGGGACUCGGACAGCGAUAUGAGAAACGAACUCGUAUACAAUUCAAUGCGUAGAGAUCGUUUCUUGCAAAUUUCCCGAUUUAUUAAUUUUGCUGAUGAUAACCAUCCAGAUUUAUCAGACAAAAUUUGGAAAAUGUGUCCCCUAAUCGGCAAAAUAAAAAGUAAAUUUUUGGUUCCUUUUAAACCUGAAGAGCACUUAUGCUAUGACAUAAUGUAA